GUUAAAAGUAGUUAUUUGAUUGGUCAAUUUUUUAAAACAUUUUCAUACGGCGCGAGAUAGAAGAUUUUAGACGGCACACGGCAAAAUCAAGGCGUAUGUUUUCCCUUGAUUUUGAAAGCCAAUAGAAGAUAAAUAUAUGACAAUUGCUUCGUGCACAUACCGUGAAGGAUACUGAGGUUGUUUCAGACACCGUCAGCAGUUCUACGCUCGAACGUUUUCAAACAAAGAUGGCAGACAUUACAUGCACCAGCUUUGAUGACCUUUACGACCCUGAAAACGAUGAAGUUGAUGAAACCAGACCGGAUAUACGCAAGAACCUGCUGGAGGAUUUUGCAGCUCCUACGGCCAAGCUCACGAGGGAGAGCGUUGCCCACAGCCGUGAGCACAUGCAGGUCCACCUCAGGAUACGACCCUUCACAAACCGGGAGAAGGAACAAGGCGAAUCCCAGGACUGUAUGGAGAUUUCUCAGCCUACUUCACUCCUCAUGAGGGCCCCUAAGGACAGUUUCACCUUCAAGUCCAGCCAGCGGGGCUUCAGCAACAUGACUCACAAGUUCACCUUCAGCCGCAUCUUUGGCGAGGACACCAGCCAGAAGGAGUUCUUUGACGAGACCAUGCUGGGCACGGUCAAGGAUUUCAUCGACGGCCAGAACUGCUUGGUCUUCACAUACGGGGUCACAAACGCCGGGAAGACAUAUACGAUACAGGGCGUGCCACAAGAUGGCGGCAUCUUGCCUCGGUCCUUGGACGUCAUCUUCAACAGUCUUGAAGGCCGUCUGUUUCCCAGCUUGCAGCUCAAGCCUCGUUUCUUCUGUGAUGUGGCCAAGUUGGACGAGCGCCAACGUAAGAAGGAAGAGUACAUCAAGGACUCCGUGCUAUCAAUGGCUGAGGGAAACUCAAACAAACAGGAAGGGACCCAAGACAGUUCUGGCAUGGAUGAAGCAGAUGACUCAAGGGCCUCCAGCUACACAACAGCAACUGAGGAUUCCCAGUCAGAAAUUUCUGUCAGUAGUAUCACAGACGAUGCAAGCAUGCCCAACGUUCUUGAUGACAUCAACAGCCGUAUUCCUGACGACACGUCAGUUGAUGUGGAGGCCCAGGGUCCCCUGAAAUUCUCCGUCUGGGUUUCAUUUGCCGAAGUCUACAAUGAGUACAUCUAUGACCUACUGGAAGCAAUACCGAAGGCCAAGAAAGUCCGCAGGCAACCCCUCAAAUUUUCCGAGGAUAAAAACGGGCAAAUAUACAUCAAAGGAUUGAAGGAAAUCUCUGUGCAGAGUGCUGACGAGGCCUACAAAAUCCUCAAGAUUGGCCAGCAGAAUCUAAGCAUGGCAGCCACCAAGCUCAACCAUUGCUCCAGUCGCAGUCACUGCAUCUUCAGUAUCAAGAUCCUGAGAGUGGUGGACGUGGAGAACCCACAUGUCGCCAGAGUCAGUCAGCUCUCAUUCUGUGACCUGGCGGGAUCGGAGCGGUACACUCGUACCCAAAACACCGGUGAUCGCCUCAAAGAAGCAGGAAACAUCAACACGUCAUUGCUGACACUCGGCAAAUGUAUACACACACUAAGAUACAACCAGAAUCACCCAAAAUCCAAUCCAAAGAUUAUCCCGUUUAGGGAGAGCAAGCUCACACGAUUGUUUCAGAGUUUCUUCAUGGGUAAAGGCAAGGCUUCAAUGGUUGUCAACGUCAACCAGUGUGCCUCGGGCUUCGAUGAGACCCUCCAAGUCUUGAAAUUCUCGGCAAUAGCAAAACAGGUGACCACAGUGACCUCCAAGCUGGACAACAAGUGGAAGGUCCCCGCAGCAGGCGGGCCCAAACUGGCCUCCUCCCGCGCCCUCUCCCUGGCCCUUCGGCAGUCGCUGUCUCGUAACAGGGCGUCGGUGGCUUGGGCCACACCCGGCCCCCAGCUAGACUCCAACCUGGACCUAACGACUGUCGAUGAGUCCUUCGAGGAAGAUGAAGAUGAUGAGGAGGAUGACGAGGAGGAGGAAGAUGGAGAGAGGACACCAAGGGAGUCCAUGGUGAAUGAGGAGUCCAGAGCUGCAUUAAUCAACCUGGUUGAGAUGCUGAAGACACAGUUGAUUGAGGAGAAGAAAAGGAUGAUGAUGUUGGAGGUGCAGAUCCGGGAGGAAGUCUGUCAGGAGAUGGCCCAGCAGCUGGUCCAGAUAGAGGGAGACUACAAGGACCAGCUGGAGAAAGAGCGUCUCACCACAGAAGAGAUGUUUGAAAAGCGACUAGAAAUGUACGAGAAAUCGGUCAAGACUACGCGUAAGAGGCCGCGCCCUGACGACGAAGAGGAAUACGUGUCAAGUCUUCUCCUUCAUGCAGAGCAGACAAAAGUCCAGAACCAGGAGAAGAUAAAUGAAGGCCUGCGCCAAGACAUUGAGACGCUGAAAGAGGCUCUUGAAGAGAGCCACGAGAAGAUGAGCUCGCAGGACGAGACGUUGACGGAGCUGCAGAGGUUGACAGAGGAGAGCAAGCAGGCCCUGAGGGAGGCUGAGGCUAAGCUAUGUGCCAAAGAUGAGAAGUUGGACGCAUUGCUCCAUAAAAUACAAGAACUGGAAGACAUUCACAAAGACUCCAGACAAAAGUUGGAGCAGGAGACAAGUGACAAGGAGAAGGUUGCCGCUGAAUAUGAGAGAAGCCUGGCCCUGAAGAGUCACGCCAUUGAGGAACUGGAGGACACCAAUGAGGAAUUGGAGGACGCCAACCGCCGCUUGCAGCAACAACUAGGUCUCACUGAGAAACUACAGACGCAGCUGUCCCAAUCAGAGUCGACCCUGAAGGACACCUACCAGGUCAUCCAGACCCUUGAGCAGGACAUUGACAAGCUCAAACGCCAGCUGGAGGACUCUGAGAAUGAGCUUAGCGAGUCAAAGGUCCAUCCUGUUGAUUGUCCUGACAAACUCCACGCUGAGAAGCUGCAGAAGAAAGUCACUGCACUGGAGAAAGAGAUCCAGGAGCAAGUGGCCAGCAAAGAAGAGACACUGGACAAGUGGCGUGAGGAAAAGGACAAUCUCGUCAAUGCCCUAGAACAGAUGGAGCACAGGAUGACUUCCCUUCUUGAGACUCAGAAAAACAAUGAGGCUGUGUUGGCUGAAAAAGAUCAACAAAAUGAACAUCUGGAGACGCAGCUGUCCCAAUCAGAGUCAAAUCUGAAGGACUCCAACCUGAUCAUCGAGGCCCUUGAGCAGGAUAAUGACAAGCUCAGAAGCCAGUUGGAGGACUCUCAUAAACAGAAUGAGGCAGCGUUAGCUGACCAAAAUGAAGUCAGUGAUCUUAAGGCCCAGCUAUCUGAAUCCGAGUCCACCCUGAAGGAUUCCAACCAGGUCAUCAAGACCCUGGAGCAGGACAUUGAGAAGCUCAGAAGCCAGCUGGAGGACUCUCAGAAUGAGCUUAUUGAGUCCAAGAAUCAUCGUGUUGAUUGUCCUGACAAACUCCAAGCUAAGAAGCUGCAGGAGAAAGUCACUGCACUGGAGAAAGAGAUCAAGAUGCAAGUGGCCAGCAAAGCGGAGACAUUGAGCAAUUGGCAUGAGGAAAAGGACAGUCUUGUCAAUACCCUUGAACAGAUGGAGCACAGGAUGACUUCCCUCCUUGAGACGCAGAAGAAGAGUGAGUCAGCAUCAUCCGAGAAAGAUGAACGCAUCCAGCAUCUUGAGACACAGCUGUCCCAGUCAGAGUCAAGCCUGAAGGAUUCCAACCAGGUCAUCAGGACCCUCGGACAGAAUGUUGACAAGCUCAGAAGCCAGCUGGAAGAGUCUCAGAAACAGAAUGAAGCUGCCUUUGAUGAGAAAGUUAAACGCAUUGAGGAUCUUGAGACGCAGCUGUCCCAAUCCAAGUCAAGCCUGAAGGACUCCAACCAGUUCAUCAAGACGCUUGAGCAGGAUAUUGAAAAGCUAAUAGGCCGGCUAGAGGACUCUCAGAAACAGAAUGAGGAAGUGUUAACUGACAAAGAUGAACGCAUCAAGGAUCUCGAGACGCAGCUGUCCCAAUCCAAGUCAAGCCUGAAGGAUUCCAACCAGGUCAUCAAGAGACAUGAGCAGGAUAUUGACAAGCUCAGAAACCAGCUGGAGGAUUCUCAGAGACAGAAAGAGACAGCGUUUACCGACAGAAAUGGACGCAUUGAGCAUCUUGAGACGCAGUUAUCUGAAUCAGAGUCCACUCUGAGGGACUCCAACCAGCUCAUCAAGACCCUUGAGCAGGAUAUUGACAAGCUAAGAAGCCGGCUGGAGGACUCUCAAAGACAGAAUGAGGCAGCGUUAGCUGAUAAAAAUGAAGUCCUCAAGGAUAUUAAGAUGCAGCUGUGUGACUCCAAGUCAAACCUGAAGGACUCCAACCAGGUCAUCAAGACGCUUGAGCAGGAUAUUGACAAGCUCAGAAGCCAGCUGGAGAACUCUCAGAAACAGAACGAGGCAGCGUUAGCCGAAAAAGAUGAACGCAUCAAGGAUCUUGAGAUGCAGCUUUCUCAAUCCAAGUCAACUCUGAAGGAUUCCAACCAGGUCAUCAAGACCCUGGAGCAGGAUAUUGACAAGCUCAGAAGCCAGCUGGAGGAUUCUCAGGAACAGCUGAGCGAGUCCAAGAGGCAUCCUGCUGAUUGCCCUGACAAACUCCAAGCUGAGAAGCUACAGAAGAAAGUCACUACACUAGAAAAAGAGAUCAAGGAGCUAGUGGACAGCAAGGAGGAAACACUCGCCAGAUGGCGUGAGGAACAUGACAGUCUCGUCAUGGCCCUGGACACGAGGGUAACGUCCCUCUUUGAGACACAAACGGAAAACGAGGCAGCACUAUCUGAGAAAGAUGAAAGCAUCCAGCAUCUUAAGACGCAGCUGUCUCAAUCAGAGUCGACUCUGAGGGACACCAACCAGGCCAUCAAGAUCCUUGAGCAGGACAUUGACAAGCUCAGAAGCCAGCUGGAAGACUCUCAGAAACAGAAUAAGGCAGCGUUAGCUGAUAAAGAUGAGCACGUCGAGGAUCUUGAGGCACGGCUAUCUCAAUCAGAGUCCACCCUCAAGGAUUCCAACCAGGUCAUCAAGACCCUAGAGCAGGACAUUGACAAGCUCAGAAGCCAGCUUGAGAACUCUCAGAAACAACUUAUUGAGUCCAAGAAUCAUCCUGUUGAUUGUCCUGACAAACUCCAAGCUGAGAAGCUGCAAAAGAAAGUCACUGCACUGGAGAAAGAGGUUAUGAAGCAGGUGGCCAGCAAAGAGGAAACACUCAACAAGUGGCGUGAGGACCGGGACAGUCUCGUCAAGGCCCUGGAACAGAGGAUGACUUCCCUCCUUGAGACACAGGAAAAGAAUGAGGCGGCGCUAGCUGAAAAAGAUGCGCACAUUGAACAGCUUAAGACUAAGAUGAUAGAAAACAUUUCAGACUCUCAGAGUGUUACUGAUGAUGAGAGUUACAUAGAGGACACAUCGAGUACCAAGACAAAAGGGAGGUCAAGGAAGGGGCGGGGCCAAACCUCCAAUGUGCAAGGAGAGCUUCAGAGGGAGGUACAGCAAUUGAGAGAACAGAUGGAGAAGGAGAGAAAUGCCAAGGAGAAAGUCGUCGCCGAAUCCAAGAGAAACCUUGUCUUGAAGAGCCAUGCCAUCCAAGAAUUGGAGGACGCCAACCGCCACUUACAGCAGCAACUAGGACUCAUUGAGGUUACCGUGGACGUUAAACGUCUUUCACGCAGCAGCUCUGAGUCCUCCACCACAACCAGACAAUCGGCACCAUCAUCAUCCCCACAGCCAGACCCAGACUCCCCCGACCUUUUCAUCGUGGACGUCAAAGAUCAGGAGAGUUUUCACCAACCCGGUAGACGUCGCACUCGCGUGGAAUUGGACCUCACACCGCUCCAAAAGAAACAGCCCGCUCGCAAGACGAGGGCUAAUACGCGCAAGGCCAGGAAACGAAAGAGUACAGAACUCUUAGAGGAAAUUGACAUGGAUGCCUACCAAAAACGCAGUCGGCCGGAGGAGCAGAGUGCGGCCAGGCCAGUACGAAGCACUCGGAAGCGCAAUACUAGAGCUAACAGGGGCGAGACAGAUCUGGAUCAAGAUGAAAACACCCUCGCGGCAGAGACUCCCUCAGCAAGCAAUCGUGGGAAGAGAGCUGCCCUAUCACGGAUCGGAGACCUCCUACAAAACACUCAAUUUGCAAAAUCAGCUGCCUCUAAGUCUAAACUCUCAUCUCGCUCCCAAACCUCAGCCAAGAAGUUAGUGGAGUCGGCCGCAGCCCACAUGACCUCCCCAACCAAGUCUCCAGAAGUGCAGGAGGUUGCCUAUUAUCCUCCACCCACCACGGAGAAGAAACGCAAGAGGCGUCUACUGAAGACGGACAUCUCAGUACCGUUUGAGAGCUCGCCAUUUGAGGUCCUGAACGCUGGUGAAUCAAAGAGUGACAACUCUCAUAGUAUUGUCACACGCAAGCUAAGAUCACGCAACACAAGAGUGUAAGAAAGAAAGAAA